GCAGCUCCCUGCUGCAGAGCCUCGGUUCCGCCCUGCACAGCCGCGAGCGCCUGAUUCAGGAGUGUAUGUCUCUGAUCAGAAGACUGUGUGUGGAGGAGGGAGCAGCCACGCAGCUGACUGACAAACUCACCGAGAAUCUGAGGGAAAUUCUCUCUGACAACAAGGCCGCUCUGCAGACGCUGAGGACGGAAAUCACAGAGAAAGAAAAUAGUAUGAAGAAAGAGAUUGAGGCGCUGACAAAGGCUGGAAGAGACCGAGAGAGAGACCUCGAUAUACUCACCACUGUGCUCCAGUGCAACCAGGAUGUUAUCAAGGACUUGCAGGUGGCCCUGGCAGAGAAGGAGCAUCUGCAGGAGGAGGUGGAGAAAGAGCGGGAGCUGUGGAGACAAAGGGACCAGGCCCUCGCUGCUGUCCAGCAGGAGAAGGACGCUCUGAUCCGCCUCCUCAAAGAGGAGCUGCAGAACCCUCAGAACAAUGUGCCGGUGAGCCGAGCAGCCUUGUUGGAAGAAAGAGAGGUAAACAGCGCCACCUUGUGCCAGGAGGUCACCAAGCUCACCACAGCCCUGCAGGAAUACCAGGACAUGGUGCAGAGUCAGCAGCAGAAAUACAGCGAGACAGUGUCUUCUCUGAGGACUCAACUCCGGGACACUCGGCAGGAGCUGAGGGAGAAAGAGAAGGAGAAGAAGGAGGCGGAGAGAUCGUGGCAGAACACCAGAGAGGACGGAGAGAGAGAGGACAGGAAACUGAGGGACAGUUUGGACAAGAGAGAUAAACUCAUCGAGCGUAUCCUGUUGGACGCUGAGGAGCGGGACCGUGUGUUCAGAGAGCUGCAGCUGAACCUGCACAACAAAGCAAACCCUCUGACUGCCGUCAAACACACCCUGUGAUCACUGAUACUUUUCCACUCAGAUGCACUUCCUGCAGCAGCGUUUCUCCUCGUCGUCUUCCGUCAUGGCACCAAAGAAAGUUUGAUUUCACUCGGAGAGUCGUGUUGGACUUCAUGUUUAUCAGCGUGUCCAACACGUGUUGUGAUACUAACGGUUUAGAAUAGGAGCAGAAUCAGUGCAGUGCUCGUCUUAUCACUGUCUCAUUUUCUGCUUUUAGAUUUGUCUCAUUAUUUUAACUGUCUUGUGAUUUUUGUGAUACAUGUCCAUGUCCAAUUGUUUUGUCUGGGACAUUUUCUGCGUCUUCUUUCUUUUAGCUGAGAAUUAAACACUUAUGUCUAUA